GGCACAGUAUAACUCGUGGGGCUGCCGCGGCCAUGGCCACAGCCGCCUCCAACCCCUACGGCCUGCUGGGCGCCGGCGCGCUCGCCCACGCCGAGGGCGCGGGCAUGCAGCAGGGCAGCCCGUUCCGCAGCCCGCAGAAGCUGCUGCAGAGCGAGUACCUGCAGGGCGUCCCCGGCAAUGGGCACCCGCUGGGGCAUCACUGGGUGACCAGCCUGAGCGACGGCGCGCCCUGGCCCGCGGCGCUGGCGGGCGGCCCGCUGGAGCAGCCCGACGUGAAGCCGGGCCGCGAGGACCUGCAGCUGGGCGCCAUCAUCCACCACCGCUCGCCCCACGUCUCCCACCACUCGCCCCACGCCAACCACCCCAGCGCCUGGGGCGCCAGCCCGGCGCACAGCGCCUCGCUGGCCGCCCCCCCCGCCGCCGCCGCCGCCGCCGCCGCCGGGCAGCCGCUGAGCGUGUACUCGCAGGGCGGGUUCGCGGUGGGCGGCAUGCUGGAGCACGGCGGGCUCACCCCGCCGCCCGCCGCCGCCGCCGGCCAGGGCUUGCACCCGGGGCUGCGCGGCGAGGCCGGCGGCGAGCACGGCGAGCUGGGCGGCCACCACUGCCAGGACCACUCGGACGAGGAGACGCCGACCUCGGACGAGCUGGAGCAGUUCGCCAAGCAGUUCAAGCAGCGCCGCAUCAAGCUGGGCUUCACCCAGGCCGACGUGGGGCUGGCGCUGGGCACCCUGUACGGCAACGUCUUCUCGCAGACCACCAUCUGCCGCUUCGAGGCCCUGCAGCUCAGCUUCAAGAACAUGUGCAAGCUGAAGCCGCUGCUGAACAAGUGGCUGGAGGAGGCCGACUCCUCCACCGGCAGCCCCACGAGCAUCGACAAGAUCGCGGCGCAGGGGAGGAAGAGGAAGAAGCGGACCUCCAUCGAGGUGAGUGUCAAGGGCGUGCUGGAGACGCACUUCCUCAAGUGCCCCAAGCCGGCCGCCCAGGAGAUCUCCUCGCUGGCGGACAGCCUGCAGCUGGAGAAGGAGGUGGUGCGGGUCUGGUUCUGCAACCGGCGGCAGAAGGAGAAGCGCAUGACCCCGCCGGGCGAGCAGCCGCAGCACGACGUGUACUCGCACGGCGUGAAAACGGACACGGCCUGCCACGACCUCUGACCGCGGGCUGCGGCCACGGGACUGCCCGGCCCGGGAUGCCCGGCCCCGGUUCUGCCCGGCCACGGGACUGUCCGGCCCCGGUUCUGCCCGACCACGGGACU